AUGUUAGACGAAAAGAAAAAUUUCGAUGAGCCUCUAGAGCCGGUUCCCACCCAUCUAGGCGAGGUCCAAGAAGGCGCUCACGAUGCUGUCUUCGGUGAAAUAACUGGCGAAGGGCCUAAUUAUCGAAAUGUCGGAUGGUUAGGUACCUCGGUCCUCAUGAUGAAAACCCAAAUCGGACUGGGUGUUCUCUCUAUCCCCGUCGCCUUCAACUCCUUAGGAGUUAUACCCGGUGUGAUCGUUCUCUGCGCCAUUGCGGGAAUCACAACAUGGUCCGAUUUCAUUAUCGGUACCUUCAAACUACGACAUCGUGAAGUCUACGGUAUUGACGAUGUGGGAGAGUUGCUAUUUGGCAAGGCGGGGCGAAUUGUUCUGGGAACUGCCUUUUGUCUCUGGUGGAUCUUCGUGGCUGGUUCGGGAAUGCUGGGCAUCUCCAUCAGUCUCAACGCCAUCUCCUCCCACGCCGUCUGUACCGCCGUCUAUGUGGUCAUCGCCUUUAUCGUGUGUUUUAUCCUGGGAAGCAUCCAGACUCUCGGGCGCAUCUCGUGGAUCGCCUGGCUAGGUCUAGUUUGUAUCCUCACGUCGAUCUUGAUCGUUACCGUCGCCGUGGGCAUUCAAGAUCGCCCAGCUGCCGCGCCUAAAGAUGCCGUUUGGGUUCCCGACUACAAGAUUGUCGCCAACCCUUCCUUCACUGAUGCCAUCACCGCCGUAUCAACCAUCGUCUUCGCUUAUGCCGGCACCCCGGCUUUCUUCUCCCUUGCAUCUGAGAUGCGCGAGCCUAAGCAUUUCAACAAAGCCUUGAUUCUCUGCCAAUCCGUCGUGACUGUCUUCUACCUUGCUAUUGGAAUCGUUAUCUACUAUUACUGCGGAUCAUACGUCUCCUCUCCCGCCCUUGGCUCUGCCGGUCCGAUGGUGAAGAAGGUCAGCUAUGGAUUUGCUCUUCCUGGUCUGCUAGCCAGUACUCUACUUUUCAUCCACAUCACCGGUAAAUACAUUUUCGUCCGUAUCCUCCAAGGUUCCCGCCACCUCACAUCCAACACCCUAACCCACUGGGUCGUCUGGCUCUCAUGUACUUUCGGCGUCGGUCUGGCUGCCUACAUCAUCGCCAGCGCCAUCCCUGUCUUCAGCGACCUUGUCUCCCUUGUUGGCGCCUUGCUUGGAACUCCCAUGUGCUUCCAGCCAAUGGCCGGCAUGUGGCUGUACGACAACUGGAGCAAGGGCAAUGUUCACAGAUCAGCCCGGUGGUAUGCCAUGGUCGCCUGGUGCGCCUUUGUCAUCAUCGCCGGAACCUUCUUGAUGAUCGGAGGUACUUACGGAUCGGUUGUUAGCAUUAUUAAGAGCUACAAUGAGACGGGUGGCUCGGCGGCCUGGUCUUGUGCCGAUAACUCUUCUAGCUAG